CCACUACUGACGGUGAUGUGUAAGUCGUCGCCAUCUUUUUUGUUGGAAAAAAUUUGCUUUCGACAAAAAGUUAACUUUUUUUGAUAAUUACGUUUUAAAUAAUAGAGAAAAAACAAUAAAAUAAUAUUUUAAUAUAAAUUCAGUUAUUUAACGUAAACGCCUUUUAAAAUUCCUAAAAAUUUCCACACGCAAUAUAAAAUUAAAUAUAAUAUUGUCCACGUCAAACGGUGACAAAAAACGAAAGAAAAAAGAGUGAUUUGCAAGACUUGCAAAGAGAAGAAAAAAAAUACGUAGAAAAUAUAUUGUGCGAGAACUUUCAGAUAAAAGAAAAGUUAAUAAUUUAUUAAAAAAAAGUUCAUAUUUAAUAAAAUUUUAAUUAAGCCAACCAAACGCCAACUGUAAGAAAGGAAAAAAACCAACAGGACAACAAAAUGUCAGCUAUAAAUCCAGAAUAUGAUUAUCUUUUCAAAUUACUUUUGAUUGGCGAUUCUGGUGUAGGAAAAUCAUGUCUUUUAUUGAGAUUUGCUGACGACACAUAUACAGAAAGUUAUAUCAGCACAAUUGGUGUGGAUUUUAAAAUUAGAACCAUAGAAUUGGAUGGUAAAACCAUAAAGUUGCAAAUUUGGGAUACUGCUGGCCAAGAGCGUUUCCGUACCAUUACAUCUUCUUAUUAUAGAGGUGCUCAUGGUAUUAUUGUUGUUUACGAUUGUACGGAUCAGGAAUCCUUUAACAAUGUUAAGCAAUGGCUUGAAGAAAUUGAACGAUAUGCCUGUGAAAAUGUCAAUAAGUUGUUGGUGGGCAACAAAAGUGAUUUAACCACCAAGAAAGUGGUUGAUCAUACUACAGCUGCGGAAUAUGCAAAUCAAUUAGGCAUUCCAUUCCUUGAAACUUCAGCCAAAAGCGCCACCAAUGUGGAGCAGGCCUUCAUGACAAUGGCGGCUGAGAUUAAGAAUCGUGUUGGGCCACCAUCAAGCGCUACUGAAAAUGCCAGCAAAGUUAAAAUCGAUCAAGGGCGUCCAGUCGAAAACACCAAGUCUGGUUGCUGCUGAAUAAUUACUCCCCAACUUAUUGUGAAUCAUUAUUUUAUUAUAAUAUAAACAAAACAAAAAAGAAAAAAAACAA